GGAAGAGGCGAGAAGUCCCCGGGGGCGAUCAGUGAGCGAUUACGUCGCCAUGCACCAACGCGCAUCCCCGCAAAAAGACCCGCCUGAGUCAUCUCGACUCAUCCACACAAGGAGCCACAAGUGGGCUGGUGCCCAUCCGAGCGGUUUGGCGGGGUAGAUUGAUAAGGAAAAAGUCCCCGCGAGCAGGAGAGAUAUCGGUAGCACCGAGCAGUGAAAGUAACCCAGAGUCUGCUUGUCUUGCUCAACAAAAAGACCAAUUCUUCAGGGCCUUUUUUCCAAAAAUAAAAGAACCGCCACUCCUUCACGGCAAGCCUCCAGCCAAACCCUCUAUCUUUCGGAGCACCUCUCCGCAACCGCCACCAUGGUGAUCCAGCAACCGUCCAACCAGAUCAAGCUCACCAACGUCUCACUAGUCCGCCUAAAAAAGGGCAAGAAGCGGUUCGAAAUAGCCUGCUACAAGAACAAGGUGCUAGAAUGGCGGUCCGGGAUCGAGACGGACCUAGACAACGUGCUACAAAUCCCGUCCGUGUUCCUGAACGUGUCCAAGGGCCAGACGGCGCCGUCGGCCGAGCUGGCCAAGGCCUUCGGCAAGGACACGCCGGUGGACGACAUCAUCCUGGAGAUCCUGCGCAAGGGCGAGAUGCAGGUCGGGGAGAAGGAGCGCACGGCGCAGCUGGAGCGCGUGCACAACGAGGUCAUCUCCAUCGUGGCCAGCAAGCUGGUCGACCCGCGCACCAAGCGCGUCUACACGUCGGGCAUGAUCGACAAGGCCCUCGACAUGCUCAGCUCGAUGGCGCACCAACAGCAACAACAAGACAAAGACAACGCCAAAAACAACAACAAUAACAACGACAGCAAUACUGGCAACAACCCCGGCGCGGCGGGCACCCCGGCGACGGGCGAGGCCGGCGAGAGCAAGCCGCGGCCGACGUGGACGGGGGUGUCGGCGAACAAGAGCGCCAAGUCGCAGGCGCUGGACGCGAUGAAGGCGCUGAUCGCGCACCAGCCGAUCCCCGUGGCGCGCGCCCGCAUGCGGCUGCGCAUCACCUGCCCGACCAGCGUGCUGAAGCAGGCCGUCAAGGCGCCCAAGGGAGCAGCGAGCGGGAAGGAUGCGGAAGGAGGGGACGGGGAACAAAAAGCGCCCGGGACGGUCAAGGACAAGAUCAUCAGCUUCAUCGAGCAGGUCGAGAAUCAGGAUGUCAUGGGUUCCGAAUGGGAGAUCGUCGGAUUCGUGGAACCGGGAGCCUACAAGGGACUGUCUGACUUCGUGGGAGGCGAGACGAAAGGGCAGGGGAGAGUCGAGGUUCUCGACAUGACGGUCACGCAUGAAGAAUAACGGCUGUAUCCCGGAUACCCCUUUUCCUGAUCAUCUCGGUUUAUGUAGGCGUUUGGUGUCCCAAAAGAGAAAAAGCAGGUAGCGAAUUCAUCACUCAACAUGGCACAUGCCAAUUUGUCACAAAUCAUUCCUUUUCAUGUCCGCGCCUGUAUUGUCAUGCUGUGAAUCAUGGUGGUUCCCUUUAGCGACCCCGCGAGCUCCCCAACGAAUUGCCGAGAUAUUCGCAAGGUAAUAAAAAUCAACCCGUCCCGUCCAUGACCACCCCUUAGCCUUGGGAUAACACCGCCAGAAAGCCAAGCACAGCAGUGUCAAAGAAUCCGCACGCCAGAGAAACCCACUUAACCACC